AUGAAGGGUCUUCGCCCUCCACGAGGCUCCUCAGCCAUCGUGUCCUCUGCAGAUGAGCCGCAUAGUGUAGUUUGGGGGGGGGGGGGGAUACCCGGCUGCGCCCGGGUCUGUUUUCCCUCCUUUAACACUUCUUAUCCACCCUCUCCACCCGGCACCGCUGUCACCCACCCGGUAUCCACCCGGCACCGCUGUCACCCACCCGGCACCGCUGUCAUCCACCCGGCACCGCUGUCAUCCACCCGGCACCGCUGUCACCCACCCGUAUCCACCCGGCACCGCUGUCACCCACCCGACACCGCUGUCAUCCACCCGGCACCGCUGUCACCCACCCGGUAUCCACCCGGCACCGCUCUCACCCCCACCCGACACCGCUGUCAUCCACCCGGCACCGCUGUCACCCACCCGGUAUCCACCCGGCACCGCUGUCACCCACCCGGCACCGCUGUCAUCCACCCGGCACCGCUGUCACCCACCCGGCACCGCUGUCACCCACCCGGCACCGCUGUCACCCACCCGGCACCGCUGUCACCCACCCGGCACCGCUGUCACCCACCCGGCACCGCUGUCACCCACCUGGUAUCCACCCGGCACCGCUGUCACCCACCCGGCACCGCUGUCACCCACCCGGUAUCCACCCGGCACCGCUGUCACCCACCCGGCAACCGCUGUCACCCACCCGGCACCGCUGUCACCCACCCGGCACCGCUGUCACCCACCCGGCACCGCUGUCACCCACCCGGCACCGCUGUCAUCCACCCGGCAACCGCUGUCACCCACCCGGCACCGCUGUCACCCACCCGGCACCGCUGUCACCCACCCGGCACCGCUGUCACCCACCCGGCACCGCUGUCACCCACCCGGCACCGCUGUCACCCACCCGGCACCGCUGUCACCCACCCGGCACCGCUGUCACCCACCCGGCACCGCUGUCACCCACCCGGUAUCCACCCGGCACCGCUGUCACCCACCCGGCACCGCUGUCACCCACCCGGCACCGCUGUCACCCACCCGGCACCGCUGUCACCCACCCGGCACCGCUGUCACCCACCCGGCACCGCUGUCACCCACCCGGCACCGCUGUCAUCCACCCGCUGUCACCGCUGUCAUCCACCCGGCACCGCUGUCAUCCACCCCGGCACCGCUGUCAUCCACCCGGCACCGCUGUCCCACCCGUCACCCUCCCGGCACCGCUGUCACCCACCCGGCACCGCUGUCACCCACCCGGCACCGCUGUCAUCCACCCGGCACCGCUGUCAUCCACCCGGCACCGCUGUCAUCCACCCGGCACCGCUGUCAUCCACCCGGCACCGCUGUCAUCCACCCGGCACCGCUGUCAUCCACCCGGCACCGCUGUCACCCACCCGGCACCGCUGUCAUCCACCCGGCACCGCUGUCACCCACCCGGUAUCCACCCGGCACCGCUGUCACCCACCCGGCACCGCUGUCAUCCACCCGGCACCGCUGUCAUCCACCCGGCACCGCUGUCACCCACACCGCACCGCUGUCAUCCACCCGGCACCGCUGUCACCCACCCGGUAUCCACCCGGCACCGCUGUCACCCACCCCCGGUAUCCACCCGGCACCGCUGUCACCCACCCGGCACCGCUGUCAUCCACCCGGCACCGCUAUCAUCCACCCGGCACCGCUGUCAUCCACCCGGCACCGCUGUCAUCCACCCGGCACCGCUGUCACCCACCCGGUAUCCACCCGGCACCGCUGUCACCCACCCGGCACCGCUGUCACCCACCCGGCACCGCUGUCACCCACCCGGCACCGCUGUCAACCACCCGGCACCGCUGA